UACCAUUCUCUCGUAUGCAAAGGCUAGAUAGAACGGCAAGAGAUCAGCUAGGUAUAUAAGAGGGCGGACGGGGCUAGUUCUGCACAGUCAGCUGAACUUCGUCUACCUGCAAAUACCUCCGGGGACAAUCAACCAAACUAUCCCAACAUGUUCGCUCUCGCACUCCUCGUCGCCUCUCUGGCCUACGCUUCCGCCGGUCUCGUUCCCUCUUACGGAGGUUACGGAUACGGUUCCCUAGGCCACGGUGUAGCCGUCGCAGCCCCAGCAGUGAGCUACGCAUCCCCGUCCCUCGGUUACGCCGCGCACGCCACCCCCGUCGUAAGUUACGCCGCGCACGCCGCACCCGUUGCCACGAGCUACGCCAACACCUACAAGGUCUCCUACGCAACCCCCGCGGUGACCAAAGUCGCCGUCGCCGCUCCCGCUCUGAGCUACGCCGCUCAUACUCCCGCUCUUGGAUACGCGGCCGCCCCCGCUUUGGCUUACGGACACGGAGCUAUCGGAUACGGGUACAACGGAUACAACGGAUACUCCAGCUACGGUAACGGUCUGGGAUACGGAUACGGAGGACUUGGAUACGGACACGGUUCGUACGUCCACUAGGAAACCUGCUCUUGAAACCGAUCCGCUCCGAACGACCAACACGCGAGAUUAGAGAAUGAAAUUUUUCUGCACGAAUUGCGAUACUAGGAUCCUCCUUCUGCCAUCUCACGUAUAAUUUAUUGUACUCGCCACGUUGAAAACUGGAGGAAUAAUCUUUCGACAAUAAAAUCCACUUGACGUGAAAAUUUCAAAUAUA